AAUGUGUCUUGAAAUCCUUUAUUGACAUUAUCUUUUGAUAUACACAUGUAACCUUCUCCACGCAACCAUCAACAACACACAUGCAGAAACAGAGAGAGGAAGUGCAGGGUUGGCCAAACAUUGUCCAAGAAGAUCCGGUUUAGAUAAACCGGAAAGGCUUCCAAAGCGGUGGGGUUAACCGGGUAAGAGGCAAAGUCCAUAAAUAUUACAAGAGAAGAAAGUGUUUCUGUGUUAAAGAAGAAGAAGAAGAAGAAGAUGUAUGUGGUUGAGAGCAAAGCAGGAGCUAUAGGAUGUAUGAUACUUUCAUUGUGUUGUUUGGGAAGUUGGCCAGCGAUUCUGACUCUAUUGGAGAGAAGAGGUCGUCUUCCUCAACACACUCUUCUUGAUUUCGCAACCGCGAAUCUCUUGGCUGCAAUCGUGAUCGCGUUUUCACUCGGUGAGAUUGGAAAAAGCACGUUUCGAAAACCUGACUUUACCACUCAGCUCCCUCAGGAUAAUUGGCCGUCGGUAUUGCUUGCAGUCGCAGGCGGUGUGCUUCUUAGCAUAGGGAAUUUAGCGACUCAAUACGCUUUUGCGUUUGUCGGUUUAUCGGUUACUGAAGUUAUAACCGCAAGCAUUACCGUCGUCAUUGGUACGACGUUGAAUUAUUUCUUGGACGACAAGAUAAACAAAGCUGAGAUCCUCUUCCCCGGCGUAGGUUGCUUCUUGAUCGCUGUUUUCCUCGGUGCUGCGGUUCACGCUUCUAAUGCAGCUGAUGUCAAAGCGAAACUCAAGUCUUUACCUAGCGAGUAUAAAGCUGAGACAAAAGAUUUCUAUUCUUCCACUAAAAAUGUUGAAGACAACCCUGAAAAAGAGAAAAAUGAUGUCGAAUCUCAAGAGAAACAAGCGGGAAAGGCUAAAGCAGGGACAGCAGGAUUCUUUGUAGAGCUAGAGAACAAAAGGGCAAUCAAGGUCUUUGGAAAGAGCAUAAUGAUCGGACUAUUCAUAACGCUCUUUGCGGGAACCUGCCUUUCUCUAUUCUCUCCUGCAUUCAACUUGGCAACAAAUGAUCAAUGGAGUACAUUGCCAAAAGGCGUACCUAAACUCGUUGUCUAUACCGCUUUUUUCUACUUCUCCAUUGCGGGUUUUCUCAUUGCUCUGAUUCUAAACAUCAUCUUUCUUUACCGGCCAAUGGUAGCCUUAGCGAGAUCAUCGCUUAAGAAGUAUAUAUAUGACUCUAAAGGUAGAGGUUGGGCGGUUUUCGCUGGAUUCUUGUGUGGGUUUGGUAACGGUUUACAGUUCAUGGGAGGUCAAGCCGCUGGAUACGCGGCUGCGGACUCUGUCCAGGCACUUCCUCUUGUGAGCACAUUUUGGGGCAUAGUUUUGCUUGGAGAGUAUCGUAGAUCGUCAAAGAGAACUUAUGCACUUUUAGUUAGCAUGUUGGCCAUGUUUGUGGCGGCCGUGGCGAUUCUUAUGGCAUCUUCCGGUCACCGGAAAUGAUGAGCUUUUCUUAGUUCUACUACAUGUUUGAGCAUGUGUAUUUCGCAUGCAUUACAAUAAUCAAAUGUUUGAAGUUUUUAAUUUUUAUAUUUUCUAAUGUGAGAUUCUAAGUGAGUGAAGAAGAUAUGUUCUGUUUCAAAAGUAUAAU